AGCGAGCAUCUCGAUUAUUGUGUUUUUAACAGUGACAGUGUAAAGUAAGAAUUGUGAAAGAGAGAAAAAAAUGGCUCGUACAAAGCAGACCGCUCGCAAAUCAACUGGAGGCAAGGCUCCUCGCAAGCAGUUGGCCACUAAGGCAGCACGUAAAAGUGCACCAGCUACUGGCGGUGUCAAGAAACCUCAUCGCUAUCGCCCUGGCACUGUUGCUCUGCGUGAAAUUCGUCGCUACCAGAAGAGCACUGAAUUGCUUAUUCGCAAGUUGCCGUUCCAGCGUCUAGUGCGUGAAAUCGCUCAAGACUUCAAGACUGACCUUCGUUUCCAGAGCUCAGCUGUGAUGGCACUCCAGGAAGCUAGCGAAGCCUAUUUGGUUGGCCUAUUCGAAGAUACAAACUUGUGUGCCAUCCAUGCUAAGCGUGUCACAAUCAUGCCCAAGGACAUUCAACUGGCCAGACGUAUUCGCGGCGAGCGCGCUUAAAUUUCUUCUCUCUGCCUUGUACAUAUACAAAUCGCACCCAACAAAUCGGUCCUUUUCAG